CGCAGCGUGAUUCCAAAAGAAGGCCGAGGGUUUAAAAGCGGCGAAUCUGAGGGUGAGUGCUGAGAACUGCUCCAUCUAGCCAAGACAGCAGAGAACAACUUAAGAAUGAUCAGAUCGACGCAGCAGUUCCACAAAAGAAAUUACGGAAGCCACCAGAAUUUGAAAAUUAAAUCUGCUGAAAAUCAUAUAGACAGAAUCAUCCUGGACUUAAAUGACAGCGGCUGUGUCACAGACUGAUUUGGAAAUUACGCAUGCCAUCUUAAUUUCAGCAUUUAAAGAUGCAGAUGCUGAAAAUAACUCUGCAAAUGUAUCACAUAACUCAGUAACCAUCUCCUCCGACUCCAGAAACGGAUAGCACUGCAGCAGUAAAUAUUGGGAACUGAUACUGAAGAAACCCUGAGCCGGAGGAGCAAGCCACUGCUCAGGGAUGGGCACCGGCGCAGAGCGUCUCUGGACAAAAUAAAGCCUUAGAGCCUUGGAUGUUGAGCCAAGCUGUGCACCUGAGCCAUCCUGCAGAAGAGCCCAUCGUCGCCUUGACCACAUUCCAGGUAAUCCUCGUUGUCAUCCUUAAGGUAGAGUUCUCUAAUUUCCACACAAUCUCAAAACUCACACAGAAUAGAAUCUACUGCCUAUGGAUUGGCGAAAUUCUUGAUUUUGAUUAAAAAAAAAAAAAGUAACCCCAUGGCUAAAAGAUUGGAGGCAGUCUAAAGACCCAUUGUCAAAGUCCCAGUUGAAAUGGAGGUGAAGAACUGCAGUGCAGCACAGGUCACUGUCAACCAGGUGUCCACAGAUAAGAACUGCUAUUGUAUAAACAAACAGCAGAACUGAGAUCUUUGCUUAAGUGGAAAGGUGAAAAUGGUUGCAGAAGGAAUGAUCCCACUGACAGUUCACUUCCAAGAAUUACUGUGUAACUGUCACCUACUGACAGAUGGAAUCCUAAAUGGGAGCAAACUCUAAAGUACAAUCUUGCCAGCAGUGCCUUCUCAGGGCUGAGCCAUCUCUCUUCUCCAGCACAAGCAUUUUCACCAACAAAAAUGCUCCACUUGCAGGCAGUGAUGGUGCAAGCCCAUAACCUCAGCACCCAGGAGGCUGAGCAAGAAGAUCCAGAGUUUAAGGCCAGCCUGGACUACGAAAUGAAAUGCUGUCAAAACAAAAAAAAAGUGGUCAAAAUGGUUCUUCUUUUCAGACAGGCCAUUGUAUUUCUUUUCUCCUGUUAUCUUUUAUUGGUCCUGAGGUCUGAGCGUGAGAGCUUUCCUGUGUUAGGCAGGUGUUCCACACCGAGACACACCCUUAUGUUUCUUUGAGACCGGCUCUUGCUGUGUAGCACAGGCUGGCCUCAAAUUCAUAAUCCUUCAGUCUCUGCCUCCUGAAUGCUGGAUUAGCCAUGUGUACCACUGUGCCUUGCGCCAAGGAAUUGGGAACACUCAUCCAAGCCUCCAGUGACUACUUCAGCACUUCUAAGCAGAGCCUGGGAGUCUUUUGUAAUUCCUUUUUCUUCCUGACCUUGCCCCAAGAGGCUAAUACUGCCCUAUGUCACAAGUGCGCAUUGCAGUAGUAUUCCUGAAGACCACCUGUAAGUUGACUUUCAGCACGAUAACCAGGGUUUGACUGGCUCAGUACAUCAGGAGCUUCCCUGUGAUGGUGAAUGACUGACACAAACAUACAAGGAGGAUGCUUUGCCAAGAGCUUCAGCUAGGUAAGGCACUGCAGAGUGCACUAUGUAGCCUCUCUCGCUGGUGACCAAAGUGAAAACCAACUUGAGGCAUCAGAGAUAACUGCCCUAUCAUAUAUUUCAGACCAGACAACAUGGUUCUUCAGCCUAGGAGUUCGUACAGCUAAGCAUGUCCAACACUCCUCCAUGUCUCAGAGACCGAACCCACCAAGGCUUGUACGGUGGAAGUCACUACACAGUACCUGGUCUUCACCAGGAGUCUUUGGCAGCUGCUGCCUCAGUGUACCCAGCAUAUCACCGCCAGGCAGGUAGAGAUUCAGUUUUGGCCUUGCCUCAGUUUCUGUACUCGUCAUCCUCAAAGGGAUGCCAACAAUCAUUCUGAGCCUGUAAUACUGCUCUAGCUCCAACAUUAGGAAUGUCUGCCAGCCUAGUCUCUGAAGUAUGGUUUUAGAGUUCCUCCCAACUUAAGAGCGAUCCACCUGUUACUACAAUCUAUGCAUAUUUUAUAUUAGGGUCCACCUACUAUAAAGUCUUAGUUUCUUCAGAUUAAUUCCAGAGAUAGUCUUCAACUGGACAUUGCCUGCAGUGCCAACAGUGAGGCCUUAACUGUUAUGUUGGAGUCACAUAUAUACAUGUGAGUUUGAAUAUGCUCACCUAGGGCAGCCUUUUGUAACUUGCUCCUGCUUGUCUUUCACGGGUGGGGGUGGGAAUCUCCACAGGUUUACUCAUUAUUUUUAUGUGUGCUUUAUUUUGCCUCUCCGGUUCACAGUUCCUUUUGGAAGAAGUUAUCACGCAUUAACAUGUUCUGAAAAGUCUUACUUUUUUAUUAAAGAGUUUCUUCCUUGCAAUAAUGAAGGAGGUUUAUUGCCUCAUUAAGUUACUACCCUUUAGGUCCUGGUACAUGUCUUUGAGAUUCUGAGGAACUAUAGAUUUAAUUAUGUAAGAACAGAAAUCCUCCUUCCGAGAACAAUUCAUUUGGCAGUUAAUCCCUUCCUUCCGUUUCCUAUUUUCUGAACCUGUUGUAGGCAUUCUAUCUAGUUGGCUGCCAGCCUGUCUCAGUUGUUACUGAAAUGCCAAACCGUAGAGUGCAAAUAUUUUUUUUGUCAGAUGAAGAAAAAUAAAUUACUGUAACUUGAAAUAUUGUAGUUAGUAAUCGUUUAAUCGAGGAAUAAAUUAAGCAUUUGCAAAGGCUUAGAUUUUAAAUAUAACAAUGGAAGAUCAGCAAAAGCUAUGGGACUUAUAAUUUAAGCAAAGACAAUUUUGCUUUUUUAACCUAAGGCAACCAAGAGAUAAAUUUAUUUAAGUUAUGAUUGCACAAGGAAAUUCAUGUUCCAUUUAAUCAUUUACUAAUGUAAGAAUUCAACUUUUCCCUUUCUUUCUUUUUCUUUCUUUUUUCUUUCUAUCGUUCUUUUUAUCUGAAAUAGUCUCCUGUAGCCAGGCUGACCUCAAACCCACUGUGUAAGCCAAGGAUGGCUUAAACUUUCAUAUCUUCCUGACUCUAACUUCUUGCUAGGAUUACAGGAUUACAAACACGCACACCACCGUUGUUUCUGCUGUGCUCUGACUUGAACCCGGGGCUUUGUGCAUGCUCAACUGUGAUGUACAGAUCAACUGAGCUAUAUCUCCAGCCCAAGCUCAGCCUUUGUGAAGUAAAGUACAUAAGGAAUAACAAAUUUAACAUAUAUUUACAAGAAAAUAUUUCUCCCUGGUGAAGAGAUCUGUACUAUAUUUACAUAUCCAAAUAAUCUAUAAUAAUGCUUCACAAAAAAUACUAUUUUAUUACUGUAAUUCCAAUGUCAUAAUUCUGUACAGAAAUAUGUAAGUGAGCAUUAGGCAGUGCACUGAUAAUUUACUUUUUGUAGUAAAUUACUACAAAGCAAACAAAAUUGUAAGUGUCCUGACCUUGGAGUGCACUUUUUUCCUAAGUGCAAGUAUUUCAGAAUUCAGCGGAGCAUCACUGAGUGUCGUGCCACUGUGUUAAAGUGGGUUCAGGACACCUAGCAUGUGAUAAAAUGACAGGUAAUGUGUGUAUUUAUGAAAUAUAUACUGACUUAUUCAUAUGGUUUUAAAUGAUUUACUGUGUAUUUAUCAUGACUAGAACAAAACCAUUGACUCCCAAGAAAUACCCUUCUCGUUAGGCUGCACCCCUAGCUGUGGGAAGGACUGGCUCCCAGUAUCCUCUUGGCUGCUUUGUGGUUGAACUAAUGAUUCCAACUGUCUGGUGCUAACAGCUUUUUAAAUUGACCUUUCUCAGAUCUUCACAUUGUUUUUUAAUCUAUUAAAAGUAUUUUUCUUCUUGUACUUUCACCUCUCAGCCUUUUAUUUCAUUUUCAGAUUACUAUGUUUAACUUGAUUUGCUAUCAACCACCAUUUUCCCGUCGGGUUUUUGUUGUUGGUGGUGGUGGUGGUGGUGGUUUUUGGUUUUGGUUUGUUUUGUUUUGUUUUUGAAGAAAGUAAUCACCAACUUUCCACAUCUGCCAGCAUUUCACUCAGUGGACAAAUGUAUCUUUCACUGAAUGUAAUCCUCAUUUAGUAAUUCAGAAUAUGAGAAAUUCUGCAAGUGUUUGCCAUCACUGCAGCCAAUCUGCAAGCUGAGAAAAUCCUUGGGAUAAAGCAUGCUAUUUCUCAGAAUGACCUACCACCACAACACUUUUAGCAGAAGGAACAGUUCUUUUCUAUGACCAACCAACCAAAACUUCAAAACUGGGCUGAGUUAGGAAGUUACUCCUCUAGAUUCUCAAAUUGUUCACGCUUUUCUUCAAACUGUAAGAUUCAAUUCACAGCCGGGCAUGGCGGCACACGCCUGCAAUCCCAGCACUCAGGGAGGCAGAGGCAGGCAGAUCUCUGUGAGUUCGAAGCCAGCCUGGUCUACAAAGUGAGUCCAGGACAGCCAAGGCUAUACAAAGAAACCCUGUCUCAAAAAAAAAAAAAAAAAGAUUCAAUUCACUCAGCGGGGCAAGGUGUCACACCCCUUUAAUCUCAGCACUCAGGAGGAGAGGCAGGUGGAGCUCUGAGUUCCAGGCUAUAGAGAGAAACCCUGUCUCAAAACCACACACACACACACACACAGAGAGAGAGAGAGAGAGAGAGAGAGAUUGAGAGAGAGACGAAAAAAAAAGUCUCAAUUCAUUUGUCUGGAUUUUCAUCUGUUGACUGAGUCUUCAGCCUUCUUCACCGUUCUAAAUAUUCCAGUCUCCUCCAAGCUCUGAAGAGCUCUGAACUUCCCAAGAACUCUCUUCAGCCAGCAUCCUGUAGCAAAACAGGCUAUCUUUCCGCUCUUAUAAGGUACUUCUAAGGAGCUGCUCUCCAUUUUCUGCAAAUACAUGUUCUUUGUCUACUUUGACCUGGGUCGGACCACUAGCAUUCUUGUUCUUCAAGACCAGAUGUUGAGCUCCACAACUGCUCCAGAGAGCCCAGCAGACAGCCUAAAACAAACCAAGGUGGGCUCACCACUGCAGCUGCCACUCCAUCACCCUACCAGUGAAUGAAAGGAAAGCAGCAUCUUCAUCAUCUUAGUUAAAAGAUACUGCUCUUUAAGAAAGCCACCUUCUCUUGGAGAAUAUAAUGCACAGUUGUAGAGCACCUAUUAUCCCUGUAGCCUUCCUGAAAAUAAAGAUGUGGCUCUUUUUCCAUCCAUGAAGAAUAAUAUCACAACUUUCUCUCUCGAGUUUGAAGUCAAAUUAUAUAUCCAUGUCAUAUUUUUUAAUGAAAUUACAGACCCUGAUUUUAUUCUAUGCAAAAUAUAUUACCUUUGGGAAAAUUUUUAAGUCCUAACGUAGCUGCUUCGGAAUAAAAGGGGGGAUAAGGAUAUGAUUUAUCAUGGUCUUCAAAAUUCCAGGGUUCUGAAAAUAUUCAAACCACGAUAGAAGGAAAACCGAGUGGCUCAGAUUCAGAGACUCUUCCCUGAAGUCUGAAAGUUCACUUCCCCCACCCAAUAUUUUUUUCUUCCUCCAAAUUGCUCUUUGUGGCCUGCAAAAUUAUCAAAUAGUCAAGAUAUACAACAGAAUAAAUGGGAGGCUGAUUUUCUUCUCUUUGUGAUUAGAGAGCUUUUAGCUAUUAUUUCUUGAAUAGCAAACAGGGAAAGCAAGUAAUUUAAAUUUGGACUACCGUGUUCUCCGGCACAGUGCAACAUAGCAACAUAUUAAGGAAGUGAACAUCGUUUCUUCUUUGCAUAUAGUGUGUACAUACAUACAUGCAUGCAUAUGUACAUGCGCAAGUGCAUAUAUACAUACUCUUGUAAAAAUAAUUAACAAUUUCCCUGACAGUAAACCAGGACUUAAGAAGAGACCCUCCGUUGUAUUUCCAAGGAGCGCAGUAACUUGUUAGGGCUCUAGGCGCCGCUGUUCACCAACCUGGGGCAUACAUGCUCUAUUCUGCUCUUCUCCCAAUUAAAAAAAAAAAAAAAAAAAAAAAAGACAUGUGACCCUGAGACUCUCCAUCACACCAGGCUGAAAAUGGCCGCCUGAGACUGCCCGGCGUAUUUCUGGAUUGCUCUCUGCUGUAAUCUAAGGAAGACCCUGGAAGAGCGGAGAAACAAUGGCGAUUCUAGAGAAGCUAACCGGCUGGAGCCGGCUGAUGCUGCUGUGCCUUUCCCUGGAGCUACUAUUGGCAGCCGGGGCUGGCAACAUCCGCUACUCUGUGUUAGAAGAAACCGACAAAGGCUCCUUCGUGGGCAGCAUUGCCAAGGACCUGGGGCUGGAGCCCCGCGAGCUGGCGGGGCGCGGGGUCCGCAUCGUCUCCAGAGGUAGGUCGCAGCUUUUCUCCCUGAACCCGCGAAGCGGCAGCUUGGUCACCGCGGGCAGGAUCGACCGGGAGGAGCUGUGCGCCCAGAGCGCGCCCUGUCUAGUGAGCUUUAACAUCCUUAAGGAGGAUGAAAUGAAGCUUUUCCCUAUCGAAGUAGAGAUAAUUGAUAUUAAUGACAACACUCCUCAAUUCCAGUUAGAAGAGCUAGAAUUAAAAAUGAGUGAAAUAACGACUCCAGGUACUAGAAUCCCUCUGCCUCUUGGGCAAGACCUUGAUGUGGGUAUAAACUCACUUCAGAGUUACCAGCUAAGCGCCAACCCUCACUUCUUCCUGGAUGUGCAACAGGGAGCUGAAGGAUCACAACAGCCAGAGAUGGUACUGCAGAGCCCUCUAGACAGAGAAAAAGAUGCUAUCCACUACCUGGUCCUCACUGCCUCUGAUGGGGGCAACCCAGUACACUCAGGGACUCUGCAAAUUCGCGUUCAGGUGGUAGAUGUGAACGACAACCCACCAGCGUUUACGCAGGCAGAGUAUCACGUAAGUGUCCCUGAGAAUGUCCCCACAGGCACUCAGCUACUCAAGGUGAAUGCCACUGACCCGGAUGAGGGCGCUAAUGGCAAAGUAACAUACUCCUUUCACAACGUAGACCACAGUGUGGUCGGGAAAUUUCGGUUGGAUUCUUACACGGGAGAAAUAUCAAAUAAAGAACCACUAGAUUUUGAAGAAUACAAAGUUUAUCCGAUGGAAAUUCAAGCUCAGGAUGGUGCUGGACUCAUGGCCAGAGCUAAGGCACUGGUCACUGUUUUGGAUGUUAAUGAUAAUGCCCCAGAAAUUGGAAUCACCCCUGUCACUACCACAGUACCAGAAAACUUCCCUCCAGGGACCAUAAUUGCUCUUAUCAGCGUGCAUGAUCAAGAUGCGGAUAACAAUGGGCACACUACGUGUUCCAUUACUGGAAACCUACCCUUUAAACUGGAAAAGUUAGUCGACAAUUAUUACCGUUUAGUAACAGAAAGAACACUGGACAGAGAACAUAGCUCUGGGUACAACAUCACAGUAACAGCAACAGAUCAGGGAACCCCGCCCCUAUCUGCCCAAGCUCACGUCUCACUGCUAGUGACAGAUGUCAAUGACAACCCUCCAGUUUUUGAACAGGACUCCUACUCUGUCUACAUUCCUGAAAAUAACCCCAGAGGGGCCUCCAUCUUCUCAGUAAAGGCCCAGGAUGCUGACCACAAUGAGAAUGCACUAGUGACUUACUCCCUAGUGGAAGACACUGUUCAGGGAGUACCUUUGUCUUCUUACUUCUCCAUCAACUCUGACACUGGGGUUGUCUAUGCAUUGCAGUCCUUUGACUACGAGCAGUUUCAGGAUUUGCAGCUAAGAGUGAUGGCCCGUGAUGGCGGGAACCCACAACUCAGCAGCAAUGUAUCUCUGAGUCUGUUCAUGAUAGAUCAGAAUGACAACGCUCCAGAGGUCCUGUACCCUGUCCUCCCUACUGAUGGUUCCACUGGUGUGGAAUUAGCACCUCGAUCUGCCGAGCCCGGUUACCUGGUAACCAAGGUGGUGGCAGUGGACAAAGACUCAGGACAGAACGCCUGGCUGUCCUACCGCCUGCUCAAGGCCAGCGAGCCGGGGCUCUUUUCGGUGAGCCUGCACACGGGCGAGGUCCGCACUGCUAGGGCCUUCCUGGACAGAGAUGCUCUGAAGCAGAGCCUGGUGUUGUCUGUGCAGGACCAUGGCCAGCCCCCUCUGUCCACCACAGUCACACUCACCAUAGCGGUGGCAGACAGCAUCCCUGAAGUGCUGGCUGACCUGGGCAACACAGAUAGCCCUGCUGACCCCCAGGAUUCAGAUCUCACACUGUACCUGGUGGUGGCAGUGGCUGUGGUCUCCUGCAUCUUCCUGGCCUUUGUCAUUGUGCUCUUGGUGCUCAAGCUGAGACACUGGUACUCCUCACGCUUGCUCCAGACUGCAACAAGAGGACUGACCAGCCUGCCUGCCUCCAACCUUGUAGAUGUUGACGGGGUACAUGCAUUUCUCCAGACCUAUUCCCGUGAGAUCUCGCUCACCGCUGACUCUCGAAAAAGCCACCUGAUUUUCCCGCAGCCCAACUACGCAGACACACUCAUCAGCCAGGAGAGCUGCGAGAAAAAGGAAUUUCUGUCAGCACCUCAGUCUCUGCUUGAAGAUAAAGAGGAAAUAUUUUCUCAGAGGUGGAGGUAACAGAUGUUAAUGACAAUGCCCCUCGCUUUGGAGUAGAGGAGCCGGAACUAAAAAUC